AGGCACGGCUGCAUCGAGACGGGGUCGUAAGGGGGCGUGGCGGUGCGCAUGCGCAGUGAGGCCGGCCCGGCGGCGGAGCGGAGCGGCGCCAUGGCUGCGUCGGGUGGAGGAAGGAAGGAGGACGCCUUCAACGUGCUGGACCUGGCCGAGUACACCAAGAGCCGGCCCUGGUGGAAGAAGGUCUUUGCCCCCAGCUCCGGGUCGAGCGCAGAGAAGUACAACGUGGCCACGCAGCUGGUGAUCGGAGGGGUGACGGGAUGGUGUACUGGAUUCAUCUUUCAGAAGGUUGGAAAGCUGGCAGCAACGGCGGUGGGAGGUGGCUUUUUCCUGCUUCAGAUUGCAAACCAUACAGGAUACAUCAAAGUUGACUGGAAGCUCGUGGAACGUGAUGUGAACAAAGCCAAGCAGCAGCUGAAAUUUCACAGCAGCAGUAACAAAAUGUCUCCAGAAGUGAAAAGCAAAGUGGAUGAGGUGAUCGUAUUUCUGAAGAAGAAUGUUAUCCUGACUGGAGGGUUUGCUGGAGGAUUUCUGCUUGGAAUGGCUUCCUAGGAACUACAGUCGACUCAUCAUGCCCAGCCUCCCCUGUCCUCUUCUUCCUCUAAUGUAGAAGUCAGUGGUAGUUUCCAGCAGGUUCAACCCCUACAGCCCCUACACUCACAGGUUCCAGCCCUUAUUUCUUACAACUCUGCUUUUGAUUUCCAACUUUUACCUGUCUGGACUGUUUGGGUGCUGUAUUGGCCUGAAAGCUUUUGACUUCAGUGUAUCAUAGUGAUUCCUUUCCUCACUGAAUAUGCCUAGCCCCAAGUUGCUGGAUGAGUUGCAGCCUCAUAAACAUGUAAUGGCAGAGAAAUCUCUACAAUAUGCUUCUUCCCCAGUGCCUGGGACCUACGUUUGUCUGCCAGUAUAUGUGUACACCAGCUGUCAGCUCUUCACUGCUAUUUAUCUUGCACUUUCUCUGCCCUGGUCACUGGAAAGCCUGAGCUUCCAUCUGUGCAGAGCUGGUGUGUGAAGUGCAGGUGUGCUUGGCUAUCUUGGUGUGGCUGCAGAGGUGCUGAGGGACAGUGUGGGCUGUGCCCAAGGCAGGUGGGUAAGGAGCACAUUUAUACUUCGUGUGUGGCAGGGGUUCUCUCCCUUUCCCUGCCACUGCACUGCACAUAGGUGGCUGUUUGGCUUUCCCUCUGCUGUUAUUUAUAGCUCUUACUGGAAGUGCAGCUCUGGUGCUGCUGAUGGAAACUGAGCAUGGUGUGUCACUCAGGGCUCUCUCCCUGUUGUGCUCUGAAAGUCUCCCAGCUUUCUGUUCCAUACAGCGCCUCGCUCAGUCACUAGCUGCCAGCUUCUGAGGUGUGCUGAGGUGCUCUCUUCGUGUGGUGGGCUGGUCCCAGGGUGCUCCCCUGCCUGUGGCAGGCUGACUGGCACAAGCAGCAUGUGUUUCUGCUGUGUCACUUACUGUAAGCCACCUUGGGGCUCAGAGCAGUGUUUCUAGGUCUGCCGUGACCUCUGGCUGCUUUGAAGUUGAUGUUCUUAAAGCUGUAACUGCUUGGGAUGGGAUUGCAGGUAGGAAUUGCAUCCCUGUUUAGGGUACAUUGCACUGAUCCAGGUUCCUUUGUGCCAGCUCCAUUGGAAUGGAAGGGGGAGGAUGAGAAAUCCGGUUAGAACUGCUUUGAGCACCAUCUCUGAACUUUCUGCUUACGAGAAGCAGGAUGCUUAUGCCUAAACAAUAAAAACUGGGAGAACCAGGGUAUGCCUCCUCUGUAGAAGUAGGCAGUUUCCAUGCUCUUUGCCCUGGUUAUGUUCCUUCUUUCUUUGAAUUUACUGUUUCCCCCCAUUCCCCCCCCCCCAAAAAAAAAAG